GGCGGGGCCUCCUUCUCCCUCAGUGUCUCCCGUUAGUGGCCGCUCUUGCCGCCCUGAUUCCCGGGCUUCCUGUCAGGAUAGAGGGGGGGAGGUAUGAGAGCGGCUUGGGGAACGGAGAGCGAGGAGGACCGGCUCAGGUGAGCACCGUGUCCGGUGGGAGGAACCGUGGCUGUGGGUUAACCUGGUCUGUGGGGGAUUGCUGACAUGCGCUAAUGAACAUGGACGUGUCUCUCGAAGUUCUGCUGUCUACUAGCAUCAAGAGGAAGAAGCCCUGUGCAAGGCUUUGCUGGCUGGGACAGGAAAAGGAAGCCGUUUUCCUGGUGGACGACAAUCGUAUCCGUGAGAUCAGCCUGCGCUCAGGCAACGUGAAGAAGCCAUUACUUAAGAAAAGCAGCAUUGUGACCCUUUCCACAUCUGCUAAUGGAGCCUGGCUGGCUGCUCUGAAUGUCUCUGGAGAGCUGUCACUAUGGUGUAAGGAUCUGGACUGUCUGCUCACUGUGCCAGCUAUUGCAGACAUUUCCCAGCUGAUUUCACUUGCACAAGAAACCUGCUUGAAGCUGUACCUGUAUGUGUCAGGAGAUGGCAGUAGAGUGCUCUUGGCCAAUCACACAGGAUGUGUGUACCUGUGGGAAAACACAGAGGAAAAGAGCCGGCCUAACCCUCAGAAAACCAGGACCCUUUCAGGCCGGUGGACUAAAAUUGAACCUCAUGACACGGUUAAGUUUCCAAGCACAGAGGAUAAAGAAGCGAAAGUUCAUGCCAUGUUUUUAAAGAGCGAAGUGUUGGGGGACAGCUGUUUGUGCACAUUUGUCUUCUACUCUGGAGCCCAUCUCAGGAUGACAUUCCUUUCUCUGCGUUGGCUUGAAGGUGAUCAGAAGUACAACAGUGUGUCCCCAUUCAACAUUCAUUGGGCACAACAGGACUGUCCCCUGGAUACCAUCUACACUACCUGUGAGCCAGUCAAGUCUAGAGGAGCUCUGGUGACUGCAUUUUCCAAAGAUGGCUUUGUCCAAGCCUUGGCAAUAAAUCAGAAAGACCCCAAGGCAACCUGUGUCGUCUUUAUAAACACCAUGAACUUUGUCACUGUGUGUGGCAGUUUGAAGGGCUGUAGCAGUAAAAACCAGAAGAUCCCAACCAGAUACCUAAGGUCUUACUGGGUAGCGGACUUAUCAUGGACAGCCGACAGCCUGUUUUUAGCCUGUGUUUUGAAGAGGGGGUCCCUUCUGUUAUUAACACGACUGGGUGAGCUCCUGACUCUGACAACAUUUGGAUGUAGUGUUGAAUUUGGACCUGCCGAGUUUAUCCCUCUUCAUCCUUUAAUCACAUACAGACCGCCUGUCCCCCUCCUGGAAAGCCAUAAUGCCAAUGACUCUCUGGGUUCUGUGGCAUCUCAGGAUGAUCUGAUGAGGCAGAGGUUUUCUGUCACUUGCCACCCUCGCCUGCAUUACCUCGUUGUCUCUGAUGGUUAUAUGGUGACUGCCCUCCGUUUUGCACAAAAUAUGUCUCCUUAUCAUUUCAUGAAGUCUUUACUGCUAGACUCUGCCCAGAGGCUGGAGCAUUUACGACAGAGCCUGCAGUUAGGAAAGUCAAAGAAAAAUGGGAUUAAACUGAGGUCCCUGUCUUCUCUGAAAGCCACUUUAUCGAAAGAUGCUGAUAAACCUCCAUCAGUGCCUUCUACCGUGCCAAGCUUUUUGCAGGACGAGCAGGAAAUCUGUGGCCAUCUGGAGAGGAUAUUACAGGAUGAUGAUGAGGAGUCAGAUGAUCAGGAACAUUUGAAAUACAUGGCUCCAUCAGACAGUACAUUUGGCAGAGCUGAGCAGGGCAGGCUAGAAUUUGCUUCCAUGUUUGAUACCAUCCAUGCCAGUGACCACAGCAUGGUAAAGGGCGACAUGCUUCAUGAACUGCUGCAUAUCAGGAAAACUUUAUUGACAGCAUGGACCACCGGAGUGACCAUGAGAAAUAUAGCAGAAUUAGACAGUCUUUUACAGUACACUGUGGGGUGCUUGACUCAUUUCCUGUCUCUUCUUCAGAGUCCCAAGUGCCCUAUGUUAAAAUCAAAUAAGCCCUCUAAGGCUUCAGGAAGAGGAGAUGCACUGUGGGCUUCUUACUUUGAUGUUCUACAGCAGUGCCUUACUGCUCUAUACUGGGAUGUAUUGCCGCGGCAAGCCUUUGGACACAUGAUAAAACUGUCUGCAGAAGUCAUCAAGUUGAUUCUUGUUCAGCAAGGUCAGCUUUACUCGAAGAGUCUGGUGGAAGGUUUUUAUUGGUUAAAGAUGGUUUCCCAAAACCUGGCCACAAUUUACGGCUUACGUUUUGAGUCUGUCCCUGCUGGUUAUUCUAAGGGUGAUGUAGCGCAUCUUGACAUUGUGAAGACCCCUAUAUUUGAAGCACUAAUACAGCCCUUCAAAGGCUCAUGCAAUGUUUUCAAGGAACCUCCAAAUUCAGUGACCAACAGCAGAAUGUCAGAGAAAAGGCUGGCUGUGCAGUGGAGACUCUUGUAUAAUCAGACCCUUUGGUACCAGACACGUUUGAGAAAACAGAUAUCAUUGAAUCGGACCAUGCAAUUGUCACCUAGAGUUCAAAGUGAGGAAAAGGCCAUUGUGUCACUGUUGUGUCACAUACAAACUGAGCUGCAAUCAGCAAACCAACAUCUGAGCCAGAGCUUGUGUCUUCUUCCUGUAACUGGUGAAGAACAGUUCUUGUUUGGGUCAUAUAAGGAAUCAGUAGAGUUCUGGAAGAGAGAAUUACUGGAAGCCAGUCUUCAGGGAGGAAGUCGAGCUGGGUUACUUCAGACUCGGUAUUACUUGGCAAUACUUUACUGUCACUUAUAUCACUACAAUUUAAAUGAUGCACAAGGCCUGUGUGACCAGCUGGUGAAGGUGCUGCUGAUUCGAUCGGAUCUGCUGGCAGAGACCGAGCAUGAUGGUGAGGAAUCUGAUGAGCGACUCUUGGAGAAGAUUCACCCUGAAGCAGCGCUGGCUGUUAUCCAAUCUAUGGGGAGAUUCAUGGCUGCAUAUUUCACUAACCAGCUGCUGUAUGUCUUCCCUCCACACAAUGUCUGUGUUCUGGCACCUCUGCAUAUUGUAAUAGACCGUUUUCCAAGAGUGGUUACUUUACAGCACAGCAUAGUGGCCAGUGCAGUCAGAGAUCAGAACCUUUCCAGCGUCUGGACAGUGGAGUAUGCUCUAGAUCUGCUUCUAAUUGGUGGAUUGAUACCAGAGGCUGCAUGGCUGGCAAAUAAUCUGGGAGAUUGGAAGAUGUCUGUUUCUAUGGCAGUGGCCUACAGUCUGCAUUUGAAGAGCAUUCCUGAUGAAAGUAAAGAAAAAUUGCCAUCAAUGCCCCUGUAUCUGUCCCCAGCGUACAUUUUCCAGGAUAAAUUACAGUCUUUCCUUGGCCAACCUCCACCCUUAGAUGGCUUGGACAAGAAGCACAUUGAAACCAAACAAUUUACUGACCCUAUUGAGGAAGAAGAUGCAGAUAUACUGUUCACUUCAGUGCAAGAAAUGUUAAAGGCUGCUGUAAUGGUCGAUGCAGAAAUUCUCACCGAAACCCUUCGCCAGCUAAUGGAGUCAGCCAAAGAGCUCAUCGGGAAGCUGCCGGGUCUUGUGCCAGAGCGUCUUUACCUGCCAGCACCGCCAUUAUACUGCCCCCAGCCCUCGUCUGUUAGUGAAGAAGACCCAAGUGAUUUGCUGUUACAGAUGGAGAAACGGAGUCGUCAGAAGCUAUCUGGGGUUCUUCAGAGAAUCCUUUUGCUGUUACGGGCAGCCCACUGUUCCCUUCCUGCUGCUCAGUGGUACAUCAAGCAAAUAAAAAGAGCAAGGAAAAUCAUGCAAAAGAUUCGUGCUAAGGGUGCAUUUCCCCCUCUGAGUCCACUUCCAGAAGCUUUACUUAAUUAUGCAAAUGGCAGAACUGUGUUUCUCAAGCCGGGAGCAGGUGGAGAUUUCGUAUCCUGCAGUGUAGUAGGAUGCUUUCGUGAGCUUUGUGCUCUGUGCUGGAUGCUGCAUGUACGUGAGAGAUUAUCAUUGAGCUGCAGAAAAUACCAAAAAGCAAGAGACAGUGGCAAGCUUUUUAAGAGCUCAGAUGAGUAUGACUCCUGUGUGACUGAGCAUUGUUUUGAAGCUCUGGAAUGGGCUUGUAGAAUGCUGCCAUUCACUCGAGUUGCAAACUGUGAGGAGUUGAUACAAGAUAUUAUCCUGAGCCUGAUCAGUGAGCUCCCUCCUGUGAAAAAGGUUGCUGAGUUCAUGGUGAAGGCGUUUUCACAUCCUGAUGAUGUCCGUGUUCCACUAAGAGAGAAAUUUAAUUCUGUUCAGCAGCGACUGCGACACUCUAUGAUUAAAGGACUGGAAGGGGAAGAAAUGAUGUCUGUUGUAACCCAUAAUGUGCAGAGGAUGCGAGUGAAAGCUCUCAGACGUGUACAGAGAAACAUCGGGCCAGUGGAGAUGCAUGUUUGGGAACCAGCUCUGGAUGAGAAUACAGAGAAUGAGUCACACUGCUAUGACAAAUAUUCGCUGGGUACCAGUCUCAGCAGGAGCACACUUACCGACCUUGGCAGGAUUUACAGUGACACAGACACCUUGUCUGACACCUUCCGUAGCAGUGCUGCAGAGGACAGAGCAGAGUGGCACACCCCACUCAGUAAACCUGUGCUCAGUGGGAUGCCAAACAAAGUCAGAGAAAAAACAAAAGGGAGAAAUGAGAUGCCCAUUGAGAAUGGACCCACUGUACCCAAAGUUGGAACCUGGGAGUUUGAGUGUGAUGAUGAAGAGUACACCAACUUCCUGGAUCUCUUUCUUAGCUAUCUUCUGGAGAGGGAUUUGCUUCAUAGCACUGAGCCAGGGGUUCCUUUUCUCACUUCUUUUGCUCCGCAUCUUCGAGAACAUGAGCUCAACUCCCUUGCAUUCGAUGUUCAUACUACACUAAAGCGCAAGCUGGGGCGACCUGAGAUAAAAAGUGUCUUUAGAGCUGGUUCCUGCUACAAAGUUAAUGCUGAACCCCAGAAUGACCCUGCUGUGGACAGCACAUUAGUUCAGACUCAAGGCACAACUGAGCCAUCUCCAGUCAUGUGUUCAACGGUGAUGCUGGGGAAGCCAUUGUCUUCGGCUGAGAAGUACUUUCAUAGGAUUAGAUCACAAUCUGUCAAAAACGGCUUGUUUGGCUUACAGGAUCAAAGAACACAAAAAUGCCACGAAGAUGACUGUAAUUUAACUUUUUCUGGAUACACGUUUGAUCAUUACAGCUACAACCUCAUUAAGAAUAAGCACUGCAAACCUAGUGAAGAGCUUGGGCCUGAGCUUCAGGCCAAAUACAGCAAUGAAAUUAAGCUGGUGGAGUGGAUGAUCCGCUGGUCUGACCGCAGGUUGUUCUAUAGUAGAGGCAAAGCAGAACUGUGCCAUGUUGGAUCCAACACCGCCAUACGCGUCAAGACCUCUUCUGCGGCUAUUCUCACAUCUGUAUGGCUUUUGGAAGAACCUUACCUGGUUCCACCGAGACAGUACAUUGUAGCUCCUGUUGUCCACCAUGCCGUGAAGCCCAGCUUACAGAGAGAAGCCCCGGUGGAGGAGGAGGAUGAUGAUUCUGAGUCAGAAAGAGGGUCCCUCAGUGUAGUACACGAGGAGGAUCCUGAGCUAUUAGAGCAAAGUGACUCCAGAGCAUCGUCAAAGGGAAGCAGGGAGAGCUGUGAUGGGAGCCAGGAAAGGCAACAAGUAACCUCCCUGGAUAAGUCUCUGGAUGAUACAUCUGUCCUCUCUGAAUAUCCUGUGGUGGAGCAAAUUCCCAUCCCUUCAGAAACAGAAGAUGAAAUGCCUGACACCCAGAGAAGCCCCAAAAUCUCAGUCGAUAUACGUCCUGUGCCAACACAAGUAGAGAUUGUAUACUCUGAAACUGAGCAGAAUGCAGAGGAUCCCGAAGAAUCAUUUGUAGAAGAAAUACCAGAACAGUUGCACAGUGAACCAGCCAUGUCCACUGGUUCUUCACUUCCACAGCCUUCACCCAGUGCCACGAAUGUUCCUCCACCUCCUGCUCCUUUUACCAACCUGCCAGAACUGACUUCUGAUGGAAGACAAAGCACUCAGCUUGCCAACACCUCAGAUGGCGUCAGGCAGCUUUUCCAAGAUGAAAUGUUUCGAUUACUCCAGCUCCAGCAGAUCAACUUCAUGAGCUUGAUGCAAGUUGUGGGGUCUUCCUUCGCUGCUCUGCCAGCCAUACAGCAGAUCAUGCAGCAUACAGCACAGGUGACAGGGAACCUGGUGACCAACCCCACUGUGGGACAGGUUCCACUUCAGGUCAUCCCACCAGCUCCAGUGAUUCAUACUGUUCUACAGACACAGAAGGAUGACGUGGAGCAAGCAGUGAAGACGGGAACAGGUGAAGCUGCUGGGACAAAUCCUGUCAAUCACUCAGGCAAUAAAGAGAAUAUACAGAGACCUCCCAAGAUUAAUAUACCUUCAAGCCAGGUUAAUGAAAGCGAAAGGAUCCCAGCAAAUAUGGGAUUAUUAAGUACUGCUCCUCGCCAAACCCUGCCUUUAAUUACUUCAGCAUCACCACAACAGAGUACUCUAAAUCUCCACCCACCUCCAGAAUCAAGUAACUUCAAUGGAUUUCCACUACUUAAACUACACUCAGCACCGACUCUACUGUCACUAAACUCGCUAUCUGGAGCAGAAAAUUCCUCAAGACCUAAAGAUCGUCCUCCGCUUAGGGAGGCAUGGGGGCCAUCCAAUAGGCAACCCAGUCAUCAGUCAUCCAUUGAACUAACCCAGCCGCCUCCUUAUCUUAGCAGUUCCACCAUUAAAGCUGGCAAAAGGACAGAGAAGGCAAUAAAAUGGGCUCAACCUGUGCUAAAAGGGCACUCAACACAUUCCGUUGGUAACCUGUCUAAGGCAAAUGUUCCUGUUUACCAACCAUUCCACAAAUCAGAGGAAAAUAGACGGAGACCUGAAGGAAGAAUUAUAGAAGUAUCCCAGAACAAUGUAGGAAUGCCCUUACUAUGUCUGCGUACCGACCCGACAUUGUAUCUUCCAUCCAUGCCAAAUCCCGGCUUUACCGUAUCGGUGGCAGGUCCUCAGGCGAAGACAUCUGAGAAGUCAAAAGGUCCACCAGUAGCUGGAUUUACUCUAUUGAAAGCCAAUUUACCCCAACAGAUUCAGAGUCUACAGAUCAGUCCCACUCCUAGGCUCAUCCCCCUGCAGAACCUGAUUGACUUUGAACGAGAUUCAGCACAAAGAGGUGAUCCAGGAAGUAUGCAGCUGCUGAAAGCCAACAUCCACCCUUUUGAAGAAGCGGUGAAUCAUGGCGACAGUAUGAAAAGACAAAAGAGGCGCACUCUGAGAGAAAAAGGUGAGAAGAAAGAGAAGAAAACAUCUGUUACAUUUCGUCCAGAAGACUCAAUCAUCACUACAAAUAACUUUGAUGAAGUUGUGGAAAAAGAGAAAGUGUUUCAUGAUGAACCUAACUUAAUGGAGAGUAAUGAAUUUGUAAUUCCACUAGGCUCGUUUGAAGCGGAGUUGACAGAUCAGAUGCCAGGCCCUCUGCUUCCAACUAUGGCAGAGUUACAUUAUUUGGCUUCCUUAACGAAAAGACCACCUGAAGUUCAUGAUGCUGGCACCAACACAGACUCUGCCUCCAAAUCUCUUAUAAACAUGGGGACAAGCUAUGACGCCUUUUCUAGCAGUCCGCUGGUGGCAGUUGCUUCUGCUUCAGCUCCCAGUGCAUCACCUAAGCCUCUUGAGAAUAAAAGGACAGAAGAUCUUCAGAGCAAUUCUAUGGCCCCUUCUGCUCUUGCUGCAGGAUCAAGAGAUGAUCUAAUGUCUGUGAGACACCAACAGACACCACUGAACAGAGUUGCAAAGGAGCCAACAAGUAAAGAUGAGCUUUCAGCUGACCACCCCCAGCACUUGCCUCCGGUGCUCUUUUUAAACCUUCAAUAUGAUGAGCAGCGAGAAAAGAUGUUUCAGAAGGAAGACACUUCACCACCACAUGGUGAAGAACAUCUACUAGCUGUAACGGACUUGGAUGAAAAAGAUUUUGUACAGCACAUCCCAGAUAUAGAGAGGCUUCCUUCCUCAGCUGAUCUCCACCUCAUGGCAGCCUCUAAGAAAAAUGCAUUGCCCAGAGGACUGCUUCCCAACAGAGACAUAUUCCAGAGCCAGCCAAGGUUAGAGGAUGGCCAGCCCGACUCUGUAAAUGGUGUUAUACAGCCAGAGCCGUCUGUAAAUGCUGAAGAACCAUUUCCAAAAGUCUGGACACCUAGGACUUUAGAAAGUAAUGAUGCCUUCUACAGACUGAAAGAGAUGGAUUUCCAGCUAAGAGCCUUGCAGAAUAUGGCAGAAAGCAUGGAGAGAGACUUUGCCAAUACUGAACUGCUGGUCAACACGAUAGACAAUCUGGCAACUGCAGUGGACCCCGACCCUAAAGAAGUCCAUCCUCCUAGAGAGCCUGCUGGCCCAGGAAGAGGGUUUACUCUUGGUGAGAUGGUAUUGGAGGAUCUGGCUGAGGAGGAGGAGUUUACACUGCCUAACCCCAGAGCUUUAAGAUUACGUGAACACCCUCUAGAGGUCUUUAUCAAUGCAAAACCUGACGCUCGUCUUCUUACAGAACCUCGGCAAGACAAACGUAACAUAGAGAAAAGCUGCCCUGUGAACGAGCAGCUCCAGAUGACCGGGCUCAGCGACAUGGCCGACAUUCUGACUGAUCUUAUGGAUGGAGGGGUGUCCGCUUCGGAACUUGGACUGACUGAAACACAGGCACGGGCCAUUCACAGACAAAGGCCUCAAAAUACUUCAAAGAGGAGCCAGAAGAACAGAUCUGAUCUGCGGAUGUGGAUGAAGAAUAAGCAAAGGGAGCGUCUGACUGAAUACAGGAAGAAAUUGGAAGAACUGAGAGAGAGAGAACACAAGCCCUUCCAGUCGCAACACCAAGCUAACACUUUAAUAUCUUCUAAAUCAAUAUGGCAAACCCAGAGAUUGAAAAAUGAGAAAGACCGGAUGCUUCUGUCUGAGCACCACAGUCACCGGAUAUCAGAUGCUAUGAGUCUCAUGCAGGAGAUGGUAUCGGCUGCCCCUCACAUUCCAGGUACUGGGAGUACCAAACCCAGCAGGUCCCAGACAUCUCUAUCCAGGCCGCGGACAGCACAGCCCUCCUCUACUAAAUCUCGCACUGUGGCUCACAGCUUGUCUACUGCCCAUAAUGAGAAAAGUCGGUCAGCCUCCAGAGCUGGUGUACUACAGCCGAGGUCCAUCUCUUCUGCAUUACGGACACAGACCCGAGGAACAGCAACAUUUGUCCUUCCAAAGAGUGUGUCCGAACCCAUCCUCCGACCCCGCAGUCUGCCUAGCUACGCUGUCAAUAGAAGAUAUGAUCCGACCCUACCAGGGGACCGCACCUCUCAGAUCACUCGCCGAGGGAUGCUCACUGGAAGAAUCAGGUCUAACGCCAAUAGUAAAACUAAAAAAUCCAUUCUUAAAAACACAACAAAGCUGCUUAAACAACACCACCAAGAUAGGAGCAGUAAGGCGACAAGUCCACAGUCACCAGUACAGGAGGAAUAUGACCGGGAUAUUGUGAGCCCCUGGGAGCUUCCUGAGGAGAUCCACAGAAUAUUAUACAGCAGCAGAAACUCCAUCUUCUCUGAGGGUUCAGUGGGUGAUGGAGACAAUUCCCGCAAUGCCAACCGAGACAACGCUUCCGAUAGCACUGGCAGCAUUCUCAGCAAGCUAGACUGGAAAGCAAUUGAGGAUCUGGUGGCCAGUGUGGGGAGUACGUAACUGCCGCAUGCGCUGUGCCUACCAGCAUCUACCACAGAAUUGUAAUAAUAAAGGAGCUUGGCUAAGAAAUGAAUUAGUGUUUAAUAUCAACAUUAUUGUUUUAUAAAAAUCUACAGUGUUUUCUGUGAGAAUAUGCAUGUUUAUUUUUUAAAUUAAACUCCUACUACCAGCUGCAGUCUUCAUAUGCUGGGAUCUUUGUGUGUGGCCAUAUCCCCCUCCUGAGCAUGGCUGGGCCUGAGGAAAAUAAAAGCUUGGCUCCAAUGAUGCAAUAGGAACUUCUUUAUUCCAGUUCAUAUAAACUGCUGGAAACUCGUGGUGUGGCAACCAAGAUCUUAGAUCACAUAUUAACUGCUGCUCUGUUGAAAGGAAAAGGCCAGAAGGGGUUAUUAGAUAUUUAACAGUUUUCUUAUUAUAAAUAGUUGGCUUUAGAGCUCUUUAAAGUGACAAGUCAUUUGUAAAGGAAGCCCAGCCUGUAAAAGAGGAAUAUAUA